AUGGAGCGUACAGUACUCAAACAGAAGGAUCGUUUCCACUACGACCUCCCCCAUGAAGCAUACGAUGCACACAUUUAUCCUCGACAGUCUUCCAAUGGGUCCACUGUGAUAAUAUACGGUCACGAUGAAGGUCUGCGUAUUGCUUGGUAUGCUGGGAGAUCUUUCAAGCCUGCUAAGAAAGAUGCUACACCACCCAAGAUCAACGGUGCUGCAAAGGCAGACGCCAUGGUGAUUGAUCUGGACGAUGACGACGAUGAUGAGCCUGCGACAAAAGAGCACCCUCCGGCGCCGGCUGAACACGAACAGGAAGAGGAGGAAAUAGACCCUGCCGCGCCAUACGCAGAUUUCCUACGGUGCAUCGAUAUACCACUGGGCACAGCAGCGGUCCGCAUCGCGGUCCCCAAUAUCGUGAAGGAUCUCGAGCAAGCUCCUCCUGAAUCGUGGCCGUCAUUGUACCUGAACCGUAUCGUGGUAACUGUGGCUUGUGCGGACCUCAGCAUCCGCCUCAUUUCUGUCCCUCUGGACCCCCCUACCCCAGGCGUGGACGAUGCAUCCAGGCUGGGAAUUGAUGCGAUCAAGAUCUUUGGACCAAAUUCGCACCAAGACUUCAUAUCAGAUAUCGCUAUUACGCACACUGCGGGUGUCGAGGACGAUCAAGAAGGCAGCCAACAACAGCAAGGUGGAUACGGUAGCUCAAAGGCUGAGCAGUCCUCAGAUUCGCGCCAAUGGUCCUUGCUCAUCGCCAGCGUUUCGUGCACCGGAGCAGGACUCUUGCUCGUUCAUCAGGUACCAGUGCAAUCUCAUUCGAUCUCGUCCGCACCUGAGCAUCAUUUGCCGAUAAGAAGGCAGUAUCUACGGUCGUCUGCAAUGAGCGCAAAGUUGGCCUUUAACACAAGUUCUUAUCCUGCCGACCGACACUCCAGUCUACUCAUUACCCUCCCUGCCGCCUCAUGCGUCAAGCUGUAUCAGAUAUUCCCUACAUAUUCUCGUGAGCGAAGAGGCUCCACUGCCACGGCCGAUUCUGUUUCUACUACACGAUCUACGAAGACGGCAAGCAACAGUCGCGGCAAAUUCCUUAUGAGUUUCCUUCCACCUUUCUUACCGAGUACAGCAGGCGUUGUCCCCCCAAGGAGGAAAAGCAUCCUCGACGCGCGUUGGGUUGCCGGAGGACGGGCGAUACUGGCUUUGCUCGAAGAUGGUGAAUGGGGUAUAUGGGAUCUUGAAGCUAUCGGGCCGUCUUCGUCCAAUACGAGUGCGAACUUGAUCCGGGGACAGGCGAACAUUUCUGGAAUCAAUGGGGGAUCACUAACUAAAUUCGCAAUUCGAUCAGUCAUAUCCUCGCCUACAGAGACGAAGCCGAAAACUGGGAGUAUUGAGGAACAGCCUGCAUCAGGCACGCUAGCUCCUAUGACUCCUUCAACACGCAAGGUACGGUCCGAAGGUCUCUUCACCGGGCUCAAACAGGACUCGACGAAUUCAAGGCCUCACAAGCUCCGAGGUAGCAUUUACGUGGAAGCAAUUCAGAGCGGUCGACCACACGAUGAAUGUGCCGUGAUUAGCUACGGAGAAGAAAACGUGUACCUAUCGUCCGUGCAAUAUGUGUGGAGGUCCGAAGUCAAACCCGUCCGGCUACCAGCGGUGAAACUAGGGGGUCAAAGUCCUCUUUGUUUUAGCUUACUCUCGAGACCAAGAGCCGAUCCUGAGGCCGCGGGCGUAUUUGGGAUAUCGGCGUUCAUUCCUGACUUCCUCGUCCAAACCAGCCACCGCCUCAUCUUGUCCGUCAACCCUCUCACAGAUGAAGUUGCCGCCACCAACUCAUCCAGACAGGUCGUCUCUUCGCUCGUUCCACAGGCUUCUGAUCAAGCCCUACUCGCAUCAGGCGAUCUCGAUGUGGAUGGCAUGGAUCGCUUGCUAGACGAGAUGGGCGGCGGUGCUUCUGCGUCGAAGCCCAAGCCCAUGAACAUCUUUACGAAAAGCGUUGGGUUUCAGCUCGAUGGCGAAGAUGACACGGAUGACGAUGAUGAUGAGGAUGUCCCCAUGGCAUCACCCACGCCGACAAGAUUCGCCUCUCUCAAAGUCGGCAACUCGUCCAGGAGAUUCGGGCCCGGCGGUCAGGUUCCCCAGAGGCGAAUAUUCACUUGA